AGGUGUAUUUCUCUUUAUAGGCUAGACUCACUGAAAGAACCCUGAUACAUUCCUACAAUGGCCACUGCUCAGCUCUCUCACUCCAUCAGAAUUUGCAAAGCAUCUAAGGGCACAGUUUUCCCAUCCCAAAUCACUAAUGAGCACGAGUCAUUGGUAAUGGUGAAGAAACUGUUUGCUACUUCAAUCUCCUGUAUAACGUAUCUGAGGGGUCUGUUUCCAGAGAGCUCUUAUGGAGAACGCCAUUUGGAUGAUCUUAGUUUAAAAAUCCUUCGAGAAGAUAAAGCAUGUCCUGGCUCCCUUCAUAUUAUCAAAUGGAUUCAAGGUUGUUUUGAUGCGCUGGAAAAGAAAUACCUACACAUGGCAGUGCUGACGCUUUACACAAACCCCAAGGAGCCCGAGAAAGUCACUGAGAUGUACCAGUUCAAAUUCAAAUACACCGAAGAAGGAGCCACCAUGGACUUCGACAGCAGCAGCACGAGCUUUGGAAGCAGGACAAGCCGGAAAGACAUUAAGAAAGCCAGCGUCCUGCUGAUCCGUAAACUGUACACACUGAUGCAGAACCUGGGGCCCCUGCCCAACGACGUCACACUCACCAUGCGGCUCCACUACUACAAUGCAGUGACCCCCAAUGAUUACCAGCCCCCCGGCUUUAAAGAAGAGGUGAGCUCCCACUUCCUGCUGUUCGAAGGGGAGCCUGUAAGCCUGCAGGUGGGGCUGGUCGCCACUGGCUUCCACAACAUGAAAGUCAAGGUCACCACUGAGGCCGCCCGAGUGCCUGAGUUAGAGGCCAGUCUCUUCCAAGAGAAUGACACCACAGAGAUCGCCCACCAGGGUCUGGACUGCGACGAGGAAGAGGAGGAGAGCAGCGACCAGGUGCAGAGAGCGGAUUCCGAGCUGGGUAGGCAGGACGCCGAGAGCUCCCGGAAGAGGAGGAAGGUCAGUGAGCCAGUGGAGGCCUUCACCCCCGACCGACAGUGCUGCGCCGCCGAGCUGCCCCCAGCCUGCAUGCGGCACUGGCAGGGCAGCGAGCCCUGAACUCACGCGCAGCGAGGAGCAGAGCCCCGGACUCCCCCUGCGAGUGGGAGAGCGGCAGCAGCACCUGCAGAGCAGAGCAGGGUCUCGGUGCCGGCUUGCUGUGGCCUGUGCGCCGGAACCCUCCGCCCGCGCCCGCCAGAGCUCCCGCAGGCGCCUUGGGUGGCUGGGCCGCCUGCUGUGACUGGUGCUGCCCGCAGGCAUGUCCCGGGCUGUCCCUCGGGUCUGGCUGCAGGGGCCUGUUUGGGCCGCCCGCUGGCUGCCUCCCUGUUCACUCCCUCCCGCACUGGGGCUUUGCAGCCUGUAACUUCUGUUCUGACAGGAGCUUAGUGAGUCAGAUGGUAAAUGGCAAAGUUGUUUUUGUUGCCUCUAAAGCCUGGAAUUCAACAACUCGACCUACAUGUAUAGAACCAGUCAGUUAAAGAUCAGUGUGCAUGUUUUCCGGUUAAAUAAAACCACAGUUGUUUUUGUUUUGUUUU